AUGGCUGCCUCCAUGCAUCCACUGCUGAUAAAGUUCCCUUUGGCAAUCCUCCUGGGUCUGACCUCUCUGUGUGGACUGAACUCUCAGCCAUCCGGUCAGGCUUUGGCACAGAUCUCCUCCAACAACCAGACAACAGAACCCUCUGUGGUACCAGAGGCAGCGCUGGCAACACCCACACCAGACGUAGCAGUGGAGCAAACGGCCCCAACCAGCGGUAACCGCUGCUGGGGUUACUAUGACGUCAUGGGCCAGUGGGAUCCACCCUUCAACUGUAACGCAGGUAUCUACUUGUUCUGUUGCGGUUCCUGCUUCUACCGAUUCUGUUGCCAGUUCAAAGUCCACAGUCUGGACCAGACUUCCUGUUCCAACUAUGACACACCUGUGUGGGCAAACACCGGGCGGCCGGCAGCACCCGUCACAGAGGUCCACGAGGAACCAGACCGGGAUCGAACCCACAUGAUCGUGUAUAUUAUCUGUGGAGUGGUGGCCAUCAUGGUGCUGGUGGGGAUUUUCACCAAACUGGGGCUGGAGAAGAGUCAAGGAGGACAGACUGACAUGACCAACUCCAGGACUCUGACGGAGCUUUUGAAGCAGCCGGGGGAGGCGGGAGCGGUGGAUGGAACCGGGGUUCAUCAUCCCAUAGGGACCAACGGCAUCUCGGCCAGGGCGCUGCGCUCCAACAACGAUCAUAACCAUUUGAACAACGCAGCUUUGUCUCCCUUGGGUCCCGCCAUGGCCCUGUCUCACCCUCACAACAACCUGGGAAUCGGCUUCAACAAGUACACCUCGCUGAAGGCAGUGGACACAAGUGCAAGAGACUACUACAAAAGCUACCCAAUGGUGGAUUACACCCAUCGCCAGUCUCCUCCCACUUUCCAGCCAAUCAACUUCCACCCCAAGGACAAGCCCUUCCUCCCUCCACCCGACAUCCACGCACCGUUGGCCAUCACCAUCAACGCCUCCCAGAUGCCUAAACCCAAGAUCUCCAAGACCAACACCCACCCGCUCACCUCCAGCUCGGCCUUCAAGGCGUGGGACCCGAGCAAGAGCCACAUCCAGCACCCGGUGGCCACCCACAUGGCCCUCGGGGGUCAGCAGCAUCACCCCAUCCAGCAGCAGCAGCACCAGCCGCUGCACCAGCAGAACAGCCGGCGCCAGGCCUACUCCAACAAGAGGCAGUUCAGCAUUGAGACGCUGCCAGAGCUCUUCUCGCAGCCACUGGGUUACGGCCACUCGCCGCACAUCCACCCCAAGCACAAGGGACUGGCCACCAACAGCAAGACAGAGGUCACUGUGUGA